UAUUUACGCUUCUGCAAAUGCUACAAAAAAUCAAAAUUUCAAUGUGAUUUAUACAGAAAUUCACAUAAAAGCACAUUUAAUUGCAUUAUAAUGUGCGCAAUGAAUUCACGGUCUUCGGCAGGAGCCCGCUGCCAUCUGUGUCCUGAAGGCCGGAUCAGCUUAUAUUGUUUUCUAGCGACGGCAGGUCUAAUCCUGUUGCCCUCAGUACCCCAGAUAUACUAUGAAAUAGUGCCAAACGUAUGGGGUGCCAUUCUGUGGGGUCCAGUGCUAUAUUACGCCCUGAUCAACUUAAUUAUACGGUUUGUCCUCCGCAACAUGGAAUAUCAGGUUGCUAUACGCGCCUCUUUUCUUGGCUUCGUCAUGGCGGCGAGCGUACUAGUCGUCUGUUUUGCGCCCGCACCAUGGCAGCAAUUUGGCGUCUAUGGCUGCUUUAUGGCUUUCUUCCACUACUCGGAGUUUCUGGUUAUUGCGGUAGCAAAUCCUCGAACACUCUCACUGGACUCCUUCAUGCUGAACCAUUCAGUGCAUUAUGGUUUGGCCGCAGCAGCCAGUUGGAUAGAGUUCGGUCUAGAGCUUCACUUCCUGCCCGAUUUCAAGCGAUACGCCCACAUUUGGUUUGUGGGCGUGGCACUAUGCACUUUCGGCGAGAUUGUACGAAAAACGGCAAUCAUCACAGCAGGUCGCAGUUUUACGCAUUUAGUCCAGGAUGAGAAGCACUCGGAUCACAAGCUGAUAACCCACGGCGUAUACGCGUACAGCCGGCAUCCGUCCUAUGUGGGCUGGUUCUACUGGUCAAUUGGCACACAAUUAAUCUUGAUGAACCCGCUGUGCAUCUGCAUUUAUGCAUUAGUCAGCUGGCUCUUCUUUCACGAUCGCAUAUACGUUGAGGAGUAUUCGCUGCUCUACUUCUUUCAGUCUGACUACGCACGGUAUCAGAAGCAAGUGCCAACGGGGCUGCCCUUCAUCAAAGGCUAUCUGAUUGACUAGGAAUCAUAUUUACGGGAUCAAAUGUCAUCCACACAAAUGCAAAUGCAAAUGUUAAUGCAAAGCAAACAACAAAUCUAAUCUUAGUAUUUUCCCCUUUUGAAAUUUGGGCACAGAGCAACAAUAGAUAUAGUGACGAACCUUUUUCAAUUAUUAUCGAGUCUAUUUGUAUUGUCUCAAAAUGUAAAAGUAUAAGAAUGUAUUUAA